AUGGAAUCCGAUCUCUCUUCGAAACUGAACCUAAGUAAUAGCGAUGCUGCUUUCAUUGAUAAUAAUGCGGAAAACACUCCCUCAGAACCCAGAUACACUAACGAUGAGAAAUUGCAUCGAAUAAGAAAGAAAAGAAACAGGAUAUCAUUUGUUUGUCAACAUUGUAGAAAAUCAAAAACCAAGUGUGAUAAAAAGCAACCGCAUUGUGCAAGAUGUAUCAAACACGGUAUUCAAUGUGUUUACGAUAUUGAAUUUCAAGUAAAGCCAAAGACGCCUUCGAAAACUGCAAUAAUAAAAAGAUUAGAAGCCGAUUUACAAAAUUACAAAUCACAAUGCAUGUCUUUAGCAGAGCAACUAGAACAGCAGAAGGCAAUAAAUAGCCAUAUCACAGAAAAGCAAUUUAACACCACCGCCACGAAUACCACUGGGAAAAAUACUGCAAAAUUGGAUAGAGAAAGAGAUAAUGAAACAAGUCCACAAAAUGAUUCGGAAGUGGAAGAAGCCGAAUCAAUCAAUUUCUAUGAAUGCCAUCCAAGUUUAAUUAUAAAUGGUAUAAUGAAAAGAGAGGUAAAACCCUUAGCUGAAAACUAUAUUAUACUGCAAGAUAAAUUUCUAUCAGUGCUAGUAUCUUCAAUCUUUUUAGAUCCCUUUAAAAAUUCUAUCAUAACGGCAUUAUCCGAUAAUUCAGUAUCAAUCUCAUCAAAACCAUCAGUUCGUAAAAAUAUCUUAAAAUUGAAAGAAGUUUUGUUGAAACAUAACCACUCAAAACAACAGAAAAACAGAAUCUCUGAUUUUUUCAAUAGAAUUUUACAGAAAAAUUCAUUAUUAACAUUUACCAAUAGUGAUAAUGUCGAAAAUGAUGCUGCUUACAAAAUGAAAAAUAAUAUCACCCCAUCCUCCACAAAUCUUCAAGAGAAUACACAAAUUUAUGAAGGAAUAGAUAGUACUGAUUCGGAGAGUCAGAAUGCAAAUGAUACGCCAGGCAAUAUUAGGAGACAAAGAAAUACUUUACUAAAUCUCGGCGUGAGCCAAUUAUCAACAUCAAUGUUCAAUAAUUUUGAGCACCAAUAUCUAGAGGAUUAUUGUACAAUUAAUAAAGAUACUGGAGAAGUAGAAUACUCACAGUUGAUGAAGUGUUUUAUAUCUGAUUUUGAACAAUUAUUACCUCCAUACGAUGUGAUUAUGAAUUACAAAGCAUAUUUUUAUGAGUCUAUUUAUCCAAAUUUACCUUUUUUGGAUAAAGAACUAUUUGAAGACACUUUAUCAUUGAUUUUAUUUCCAUUAGACGAAGACGAAGAAUACAAAGAAGGAAGUACCGAUUCAAGUGAAACCAAUGUUAGAAAUGUUCGAAUUCUUUUAGGAAAAUCAAGAUUAAGAACAAAACUAGAAAAUCUUGGUAUUCUAAUCAUUAUAUUAAAACUAUCUUAUAUUUCUUUGAGAUUUAAUGAAUUUGAUUCCGUGGAUUUUUCAGUUUCGUCGCAGUAUAUUAGUAAAGAAAUGUUGGAUAAAUACCCAAUGAACAAUGACUCAGUGUUAUUAGUAGAGAGACUAUUGGUCGCGGAAAAUUAUUGUGCAUGUGCUAAUGAAAAUAUUAUCUGUUGUUUACUUUACAUUUGGGCAUUUUUUGUUUUCUCUCCUGAAGAAGGUGAUUUUUUUUUGGAACAUCCUACUGAUAUUUUGUCCGGUGUUAUUGCAAUGUUGGGUAAUGCAAUUGGACUACACAGAGAUCCACUAGACUUCCCUCAAUUACAACGACCUUCUGUCGAUAGUAGAAUUCUUAACUAUAGAAGAAUAUUAUGGCUUGCUAUAGUCACCACUUCAUGCCUAGAAUCAUCAUUAAAAGGUAGACAUCCAAUAUUUGUUAAAUUUUUAACAAAAAAUUUUAUCAAAGACAUCAAUUCUCCUGAUGCUUUAGAAACCUAUAUGGCUAGAGUGAGAAAUGAUCUUGGUCCAACAGGUAGUGAAAAAUUAUUGAAGACUCAUGAAAUUUCAUUUAAAAGAAUGCAAUUAUCUAUCUUAAUAUCAACCUUAGAUUCUCUAACAUUAACUUACGGUAAAUCAUUUAAAUUAUCUGAGUUUGAGACAGCGAGGAAAAGAAUUAAAGAUUUCUUGGAUAAUCAAUUCCCAAUAUUGGAUUUCAAAGGUAACAAUAAUACUAAUGAUUGGAUUAACCAAUUAACAAAAGUAACAACCACCGAAUACUCAAUUACAUUACAUUCAAGAAUGAUGGCAUCGUUGGUUUUGUUGAGGUUUUCAAUUGCUUUAUUUUUACAUUAUGAAACUUUAUACAACAAAACUGGUUCAAUCAAGCUAUUACCAUAUUAUAAAAAUUAUUUUUAUAGAAGUUGUAUUGAUUGUCUGACACUAGCCUCUCAUUUUGAAAAAUUUUUCAAUGGUGGUUAUGGUACCAAGUAUUCGAACCUAACUAGUUACAAUGUAACCAAAACUGCACAAUUAGCUUUACCUUCUGUGAUUUUUAGUAUUUUAUCUAUUGUCAUCAGACUAGAGUUAGCAGGUGUAACUUUAUUAACAGACUAUAAAAAUUUAUCACACAGAUAUAAUAUUUUAAAGGAUAAUGAAAGCCCUGAAUCUAAGAGCUUAGAAAAGAGGCUGAAUGAAUUAAUAGGUAAAAUUACUGUAAUGAAUUCUUUAAAGAUUGAAUUUGAAAAGUUAUUAACAUCAAUGUACCAUAUUGCUUCAGAACAUUUGAGAUUUACUUAUUUUUCUGUUUUCAAGAUGUUAACUUUAUUUGAUGUUAUCAUGCAUAAAAUCAAGAAGGGUCAUUUAUUGACGACAAUAAUAAGAAUGUGCCAAUCUGAGUUACUACAUCCUAAGUUUGUUGAAACAUUUUCCAUGACUUUAAAUCUAGAUCUCUCGAAGCGUGAUACGUUACUAGAAGAUUUAAAGAAGACUAACCAUUUAAUCAAUAUAAGUGUUGAAGAUCUGAAUGAGAUAUAUCAGACUGUGAGUUCACUAAGGAAAAAUAAUGAUACUUCUAGCCGAGAUAAAAAAGCAGCAAAUGCUCAAUCACCAUCCUGUGUCUAUGGUCCUAUUAUUACCAAUUUAGCUUCACUUGCUACGCCACAAUCAGCAAGUGAUAUUAAUAAACAGCAAACUAACAGUAAUCAAAAUUUGGAGUCCGAAUCUCUUCAAAACAGUAACCUCACCGUGCCAGAGGAUGUUCAACAGAAUUCCGGUAUGGGGAAUGGUGCUUUUCCACAACCUUAUAAAACAGACGGGGAACAGGACAUGGCUCAGAAAAACUUUGACUACUUUAGUACUUCUAUGAAUAAAAUUCCUUCAUCGAUUUAUAAUCAACUUAACCAAAACACAGGUUGGUUAAACGGUUUGAGUAACUCUACAAAUUCAACCAUGAAUUCCACUGCAAAUGGGAAACCUAAUGAUGCUAACAUUCAAAAUAAUGUUAACAACAAUAUGUAUCCUUCAGUCAAUUUGGAUGGAACCUCAUUUUCAAAUGAUUUUGAUUUUAUACAAAAUCGAAAUAUGAUGAAUUCAGGUGUAGAAGAAACUAUCCAUAACAAUAAUCUCCCCGAACAAAUAGAUGGUAAUCUGGAAAAGGACCAAUAUGGAAAUAUUGAUGCCGGCGAUCCAGAAAUCCAUGAAGGAAUUAACCUAAGAGGAAUUUUCGGUGGUCUCGACCUAUUUGAUUAUGAUUUCCUUUUUGGAGGUGAAAAGUAA